AUGAAUUACAUCCGUACCUGGCGCGACAAACUCGCGCCCAUCUCCCACACCUCCACGUUCCGCUCCACCGGCCAAAUAACACCGGAAGAAUUCGUGCUCGCAGGAGAUUAUCUCGUAUACAAAUUCCCCACAUGGUCAUGGGCCGACGCUCCAGCCGCCAAACGAGUUUCCUACCUUCCAGAGGGAAAGCAGUAUCUAGUUACACGGGGCGUUCCAUGUCAUCGGCGGCUGGAUGAGAAUUUUGCCGGUGAUGCGGGAAAGGAAGAUUUUAUGGUCAAGGAUGGAUUUGGGUCUGGGGAAGGGAAAGGGGGCGAUGACGAUGAUGGGUGGUUGAAUACCGGUGGGGCCGGGGUUGGUGCUGGAGCGGGCGUUGAGUCGAAAAUAGGGGAUGUGCGGACGGUGGAUGAGGCGGGGAAUGUGGGUGAGAAAGAGGAAGAGGAAGAGGAGGAAGAGAUCCCGGAUAUGGAGGACGAAGAAGACGACGAGGAAGCCAUUAUCAGAGAACCGCUCGGAAAGUCAACCAAGGCCCCACUACGGACCUAUACCCUCUACAUAGCUUAUACUCCCUACUAUCGAACCCCGCGCCUUUAUCUAUCGGGCUACCUUUCGCCAUCCGAACCGCUCCCACCCCAGCUUAUGAUGGAAGAUAUCGUGGGAGACUAUAAAGACAAGACCGUGACUCUCGAGGACUUUCCCUUUUUCGACGGGGGUAUCAAAAUGGCCAGCGUCCACCCUUGCAGACACGCCAGCGUCAUGAAAAUCCUCCUCGAUCGCGCCGACGCUGCCCUAAAGAUUCGCAGACAGAAGCUCAAACGCGCCAACGCGACGGGCGAGCAGGCAAAGAUAGAAAGCGGGCUGGAGGGACUGGUAGACGACACUGCGCGGCUAAGUGUAUCUGGGGGGAACAGCCAAGCCGCAUCUACCGCUGGAAACGCGGGUGACGAGUGGGAAGUUUUGCAGCAUGAAGGAAGCGAAGAGGAUGAAGAAGAUCCGCAGGUGGCUAUCCGCGUUGAUCAAUAUUUGGUUGUAUUCUUGAAGUUCAUUGCGAGUGUCACACCUGGGAUUGAACACGAUUUUACAAUGGGUGUUUAA